AUGCCAAAAUUAAGUUUGUUUUUCUGUAAAAAGGUUAUAAAAAUUUUUGGAAGAACGCUUCGAGUGUCAUUAUCAUCGCUGGCCUUCUCUGUUUUACCCCGCAAGCCAUAGAUGAUGGUCUCCAAAUGGAAGUUUAUAAUAUUACUGCUCUCGCUCACGAGUCUACUGAGCUCAGUUUUCAGACUCAGUCGCUGGCGAAGGAUUUUUACGUAGAUAUGGCGGACGGUAGACGAAUUUAUAGGAAUGUUGAUGCCAAUGGUGUUGCCUGGGCAUAUGAAAUGAAGACGGUUAAGGAUCCUGAUACAGGUAACACGAAAAGUGUCAUUAUUUAUACCGGCCUGUGGGAAGAAGUGAUGCAAAAGAGAAGCAGUAGUAAUUUUCACAAAACUAUCAACAUUUGGACGGCACUAGCUGCUACAAUGGGAUUCAUUAUAUGAACAGCUUCCCAUAUUAUUACUAUAAUACAUAUGUAUGUACCUUAGAAUCUGCAUACUAAGUAUAUGCAAUAAAUAGAGAACGACUGCCCAUGUUA